CCCCUUCCCUCCGGCAACAGCGCCAUGGUCGUUCCCUCUGCCCGCCUACCCGCCGCCAACAAGCUCCUGCCCUGCCUCCCCUUCCCGGUCGUCGACCUCUCGUGGCGCCGCACACGUGCUGCGGAGCGCCUCACCCGUGCUGCCGAGGACCUCGGCUUCUUCAAGGUGGUCAACCACGGUGUGGCGGCCUCGGCGGCCGCCAUGGCAACCGCCGCCGCCAGCUUCUUCGCCCUCCCUCCAGGCGACAAACUUGGCGCCGGGCCGCCGUCACCACUCGGCUACGGCGUGCGCAACAUCGGCUUCAACGGCGACAUGGGCGAGCUGGAGUACCUCCUCCUCCACUCCCACCCUGCCCACGUUGCCAUGAAAGCGAACUCCAUCCCCAACCUCAACGCCUCCCACUUCAGUGCGGUGGUGAAUGAAUACGUGAAGCAAGUGAGGCAGCUUGCAAUUGAGCUACUGGAGAUGCUCGCGGAGGGAUUGGGGCUACAAGACACCCGAGUAUUCAGCCGCAUGCUCGAUGACACGGACAAUGACUCCUUGAUCCGGUUCAACCAUUACCCAACUCCCCCUUGCCUGCCCGGGUCGGCGGACGACGAUAAGGUCGGUAACGGAACGGGCAGCGUGAGGGUCGGGUUCGGAGAGCACUCCGACCCGCAAUUGUUGAGCAUCUUGUGGUCGAAUGAUGUGGAUGGCUUACAGAUCCGACUGCCUUCCACGUCGGACGAACAUGAGGUGGAGUGGCUCCCUGUGCCAGCGGACCCCACCGCAUUGUACGUCAACAUUGGAGAUCUUCUCCAGGUUAUGACGAAUGGAAGGCUAAUAAGUGUUCGACAUAGAGCAUUGGCCAACUCCUCUAGAUCGAGAAUGUCGACCGUCUUCUUCGCGGCACCAUCCCUAUCGACGAGAAUUUCACCACUUUAUGAGAUGAUUAAUAAAUCGCAUUGGCCUAGGCGAUACAAAUCCUUCACUUGGGGUGAGUUCAAGAGAGCCAUGUACACCCUAAGGCUUGGCUAUAAUAGACUUGACCUCUUCCUUGCAGAAACUGAUGACAAAGAAGAUAUAGAUUUCCUUUAACUCUUUGAAA